AUGACCGACCACGUCAAGGAUUUGGAAGUGCUUCAGAUCACAGCCCUAAAAGACCUGAAAGGAACCGAGAAACGAGAUUCCCUGAUCGCAGCCGAGAAAAAGUAUCAACAAAAAUGGGAAGAGCUAGGACUAUUCAAUGCCGAUGCGCCAUCGACGGCCGAAAUCCCCCUCCACUCCAUCACAGCAGCUGAAUUACGCGAAAGAUAUCCAAAGUUUUUCGGCACCAUUGCUUUCCCCUAUACCAAUGGCCGUCUCCACGUUGGCCAUGCCUUUUCCUUUAGCAAGGUUGAGUUCCAUGCUGGGUUUGCUCGAAUGAACGGUAUCAAGGUCUUGUGGCCUCAGGGUUACCAUUGUACCGGCCUACCAAUCAAGGCAUGCGCCGAUAAGCUGGUGAAAGAAGUUGCGAUGUUUGGCCAGGAAUUUGACAGAUAUCGCGAGGAAGAUGAAAUCGCCGAAGCAGCUGCCGCACCAGUAGAAAAGGAGAGGGAGAGAGAAGAUGUCACCAAGUUUACCGCUAAAAAGGGUAAAAUUGCCGCGAAGUCGGUCAAGAUGAAAUACCAAUUCCAGAUAAUGCAAGCCAUGGGCAUCCCGAUCCAACAAAUCCACCUCUUCGCCGACCCAGCAUAUUGGCUCGAAUAUUUCCCACCUCUCUGCAAGCUAGACCUUAGCAACUUUGGAAGCAGAAUUGACUGGAGAAGACAGUUUGUCACAACAGACGCAAACCCCUACUUCGACGCCUUUGUCCGUUGGCAGAUGAUUCGACUCAAGGAGUUGGAGAAGAUCAAGUUCGGAAAACGGCACACCAUUUACUCCAUCAAGGAUGGCCAACCUUGCAUGGACCACGAUAGAAGCGAAGGGGAAGGCGUAAACCCCCAGCUAUACGUCGCAAUCAAGAUGCAGGUUCUCGAAUUUACACCGAAAGCGCACGAAACCCUUCAGGCAAAGCUGCCUAUCGACGCCAAAGUAUUUCUCGUCCCAGCGACCCUACGAGCGGAGACGAUGUAUGGACAAGUGGCUUGCUUCGUGUCACCUAAGCUCACAUACGGCGUCUAUGAAGCAACGCCUGGAGAGUACUAUGUCAUGACCGAAAGAGCUGCCAGGAACAUGGCUCACCAAGAAAUAUUCGCCGAGGAAGGCAUCAUAAAAAAGACAACUGAAAUUCAAGGCUCCGAUCUUAUAGGGACCUUGGUCAAUGCCCCUCUCAGCUUUCACAAGGACGGAGUUCGAGUUCUUCCCAUGGAAUCAAUUCUUGAGACCAAAGGAACAGGCGUGGUUACCUGUGUACCAUCCGAUUCUCCUGAUGACUACGCGACCAUAGUGGACUUAGCUAAGAAGGCCGACUAUUACGGCAUCAAGAGCGAGUGGGCCCAGCUACAGGUCAUUCCCAUCAUUCAAACACCCACUUCGAAUCUACUAGCUCCGGCCCUUGUCUUGAAGAUGAAGAUCGCAUCUCCGAAGGAUGUCAAGCAACUAAAGGAGGCCAAGGAGUUGGCAUAUAAAGAGGGCUUUUACCAGGGUCACAUGAUCGUAGGUGACUUCAAGGGCGAGAAAGUAGCGGAUGCGAAACCCAAAGUUCGUGCGCAGCUUAUUGAAGCCGGUCUUGCCUUCGAAUACGCAGAGCCCGAGAACAAGGUCGUCAGUAGAAGUGGUGAUGAAUGCACCGUAGCGUUGAUGGAGCAGUAUUAUAUCGAUUACGGCGAGGACUCAUGGCGCGCUGUUGUUACUGAGUAUGUUGAGAAUAAAGAUGGCAACGGCCUGAAUACGUAUUCGAACGAUACUCGCAACGCCUUCAUGGGUGUUCUUGACUGGCUUAAGCAAUGGGCAUGCGCAAGGACAUAUGGGCUUGGCUCCCAUCUUCCGUGGGCACCAGAGUUCCUGGUAGAGAGUUUGAGCGAUUCUACCAUCUACAUGAGCUACUAUACAAUAGCUCACUACCUGCACAGCGACUUAUUCGGACGGGAAAGUGGCCUUGGUAACAUUGCGCCGGAGCAAAUGAUUGACGAGGUUUGGGAUUAUCUCUUCUGUCGUGCUGAGCUCACCGAGGAUAUUUUGGCCAAGUCAAAGAUCCCGAAAGAGACCCUCGAGGCAAUGCGUCGCGAGUUUGAAUACUUCUACCCUCUUGACCUGAGGGUGAGUGGCAAAGAUUUGAUAAACAAUCAUCUCACCUUCGCUCUCUACAACCAUAUCGCCCUGUUUCCAAGGGAAUAUUGGCCUAAAUCCAUCCGAGUGAACGGACAUCUCCAGCUUAACGGCGAGAAGAUGUCUAAGAGCACUGGCAAUUUUAUGACUCUUGAUGACGUCGUCAAAAAGUUUGGUGCGGAUGCGUCCCGUAUAGCUCUCGCGGACGCCGGAGACACGAUUCAAGAUUCCAACUUCGUCGAAGACGUCGCCAACAAUACGAUCCUUCGGCUACACACUCUUCGGGAGUGGUGCGAAGAGAUGGCGAAGAGCGAGGGGCUCCGUAUUGAGACGAACGAUUUUGAAGAUGCACUCUUUGACAACGAAAUAAACACUCUCAUUGACGAAGCCAGGCACCAUUACGAGGAGACAAACUACAAAAUGGCGUUGAAAUCAUGCUUUUACGACCUGAUCAACGCCAAGGACAUUUACAGAGCGUCCUGUACGGCAGCAGGAAUUUCCAUGAAUAAGGGGCUGGUGCUCAAAUACAUACGGCUUCAAGCGCUCUCCCUCACGCCAAUUGCUCCUCAUUGGACGGAGUACAUCUGGCUCGAGGUACUUGGUGAAUCGGAGACAGUACAGCUCGCUCGGUGGCCCCAAGUACCGGAAGCUAACCCGAGCCUAAGCGCGGCUCGUGCUUACGUGCUCACGACACAAUCCAACAUCACAUCAGCAGAGUCGGCGCAGGUGAAGAAGCUGGCGAAAGGGAAGCAGCUCAAUUUUGACCCCAAGAAGCCUAAAAGGCUCACUAUCUUUGUGACCAAAGAAUUCCCCAAGUGGCAGAUGGAAUGUAUCAAGUUGGUGAAAGAGACGUGGGAUCCAGUGGCCAAAACACAAACGUUGAGUGAUAAGGAGUUGAGUGGACGUGUCGCCAAGCUAGGCAAAAUUAAAGAUGCGAUGCCGUUUGUACAGCGCCUUAAGAAGCGGCUACGGGAUGGAGAGCCGGCAAGUGUUGUGCUGGAACGCAGGUUAGCAUUUGAUGAGACCAGCACGGUAACAUCAAUGGUAGCUGGUCUUAAGCGAGCAGCAGGUUUGGUGGAUGUGGACGUCUUGGUAGUAGCCGAAGGUAGCAAGACGGGAGUUGAUCUUCUACAUGGCGGCGAGGUGGAUAUCAAGUCUCCCAUUGCUGAGCUAGCAGUGCCGGGCCAGCCGUCUUUCCUAUUCGAAAAUAUGGAAGCAUAG